AUGUCCUUGGCGUACGAGGGCACCCCAGCAUCUCGUCUCAUGAUGAACUCAGCAAUGCUUUGCUUUACAUGUGACUUCCAGGAUCCUCUGGGCCCUCAGCCUGACAUCCUGAGGAAGAUUUUUGUCUUUCAGCAGCUGAGGGAUCAGCAAAACGAAGGCGACAUGGCCAUAAACGCAGAGUUCCACUGCUCAUUACAGGAGCUGCGCACUCUUAUGGGGCUGAGAGGAGCAGAGUCUGUGGCAAAGAUCGAGCAAAGCUAUGGAGACAUCAUCGGAUUGUGUGCUAGAUUGAGAACGUCACCUGUGAAAGGUUUAAACGGAAGCUCAGAGGACAUUGCCAGGAGAAAAAAAGAGUUCGGACAGAACCUCAUCCCUCCUAAAAAGCCCAAAACCUUCAUACAAUUAGUAUGGGAAGCCCUGCAGGAUGUCACGCUCAUCGUCCUGCAGGUGGCAGCCAUUGUUUCCCUUGGCCUGUCUUUCUACCGACCCCCCGAUGGCAACAGACAGCACUGUGGCACAGUGGCUGGUGGCGUGGAGGAGGAGGGUGAGGGGGAGACUGGAUGGAUUGAAGGCGCUGCCAUCCUUCUUUCGGUGAUCUGCGUAGUAAUCGUUACUGCUUUCAAUGACUGGAGCAAAGAGAAGCAGUUCCGUGGGCUCCAGAGCCGCAUUGAGCAGGAACAGAAGUUCACCGUAGUCCGAAGUGGGCAGGUGACCCAGAUCAAAGUCUCAGAGAUCGUCGUUGGAGACAUCGCACAAGUCAAAUAUGGUGACCUCCUCCCUGCUGAUGGCAUCCUGAUCCAGGCCAACGAUCUGAAGAUCGAUGAGAGCUCUCUGACCGGAGAGUCAGAUCAUGUCAAGAAGAGCGUUGACAAAGACCCCAUGUUGCUAUCAGGUACCCAUGUAAUGGAAGGCUCUGGCAAGAUGGUGGUUACUGCUGUAGGUCUGAACUCUCAGACUGGAAUCAUCUUCUCACUGCUUGGUGCUUGUGAGGAAGAUGAUGCUGAGGAGGAAGAGAAGAAAGGCGACAACAAGGAUGGAGCCACGGUGGAGAUGGAACCGAUCACCAGUGAUGGAGAAGCAGAGAAGAAGAAAAACCCACCAAAGAAGGAGAAGUCAGUCCUCCAAGGGAAGCUGACCAAACUGACUUUACAGAUCGGCAAAGCAGGUUUAUUCAUGUCAGCUCUCACUGUCAUCAUCCUCAUCACUCGCUUCCUGAUCGACACCUUCUUGAUUCAGGGGGUCCCUUUUUCCAAAGAGUGUCUGCCCAUCUACAUGCAGUUCUUGGUCAAGUUCCUCAUUAUUGGUGUGACUGUGUUGGUGGUGGCUGUGCCUGAAGGUCUCCCUCUGGCUGUCACCAUCGCCCUGGCCUAUUCGGUCAAGAAAAUGAUGAAGGACAACAACCUGGUACGCCACCUGGAUGCUUGUGAGACGAUGGGCAACGCAACGGCCAUCUGUUCAGACAAGACCGGCACACUCACCAUGAACCGCAUGACGGUGGUGCAGGCCUACAUUGCAGAACACUACUACAAAAAGUUGCCACAACCAGACCAGAUUCCUGCCACAGUUCUGGACCUGCUUGUCGUUGGCAUCGGGGUCAACUGCGCCUAUACCAGCAAGGUUAUGCCUCCAGAGAAGGAGGGCGGGCUGCCUCGCCAGAUUGGAAACAAGACAGAAUGUGCCUUACUGGGAUUCUCCCUUGAUCUGCAACAAGAUUACCAGAUAAUUCGCAACAAAUUCCCAGAGGAGAAACUAUACAAGGUCUACACUUUCAACUCUGUGAGGAAGUCCAUGAGCACCGUGCUAAGGUCCCGUGAUGGCAGCUACCGAAUGUUUGUUAAGGGGGCCUCAGAGAUCCUGCUCAGGAAGUGUAAUAGGAUUCUGAAUGCAAAGGGCCAGGCCAGAGCCUUCAAACCGCAGAAUCGAGAUGACUUGGUGAAGAAAGUGAUUGAGCCGAUGGCAUCUGAGGGCUUAAGGACCAUCUGCCUUGCCUGCAGAGACUUCCCCUCCACUGACGGAGAGCCUGACUGGGAUGAUGAGGCCAACAUCCUCACCAGCCUUACCUGCAUUGCCGUGGUUGGCAUUGAGGACCCUGUACGACCUGAGGUACCAGAAGCCAUCAGGAAGUGCCAGCGGGCCGGGAUCACUGUCCGUAUGGUGACCGGAGAUAACAUCAAUACUGCCCGAGCCAUCGCCACCAAAUGUGGCAUCCUGCAACCUGGAGACGAUUAUCUCUGUAUGGAGGGCAAAGAAUUUAAUCAACGGAUCCGUAAUAAGCUGGGAGAGAUAGAACAAGAGAGAAUGGAUGAGAUCUGGCCAAAGCUGAGAGUCCUCGCCAGAUCAUCUCCGACGGAUAAGCACACUCUGGUCAAAGGUAUCAUUGACAGCACUGUGCUGGAGCAGAGGCAGGUUGUGGCGGUAACUGGAGACGGGACAAAUGACGGGCCGGCCCUCAAGAAAGCAGACGUUGGCUUCGCCAUGGGCAUCGCAGGAACAGAUGUGGCAAAGGAGGCGUCAGACAUCAUCCUCACAGAUGACAACUUCAGCAGUAUUGUGAAGGCUGUGAUGUGGGGCAGGAAUGUGUACGACAGCAUCGCUAAGUUCCUGCAAUUCCAACUGACAGUGAACGUGGUCGCCGUCAUCGUGGCAUUCACCGGAGCCUGUAUAACCCAGGACUCACCAUUAAAAGCCGUCCAAAUGUUGUGGGUCAACCUGAUAAUGGACACCUUCGCUUCACUUGCUCUCGCCACUGAGCCACCAACUGAGGCACUGCUGCUCAGGAACCCAUACGGUCGCCAAAAGCCACUUAUUUCUCGCACCAUGAUGAAGAACAUCCUGGGACAUGCCAUAUACCAGCUCACCGUGAUCUUCACCCUGCUCUUCUAUGGGGAGAAGCUGCUGAACAUCAACAGCGGCAGGAACGCCCCGCUCCACGCCCCGCCCACUGCGCACUACACCAUAGUGUUCAACACGUUUGUCCUGAUGCAGAUCUUUAAUGAGCUGAAUGCACGCAAAAUUCACGGCGAGAGGAACGUGUUUGAGGGCGUCUUCAGAAACCCCAUCUUCUGCUCCAUCCUCCUGGGAACCCUCCUCACGCAGAUCAUCAUCGUGCAGUUUGGCGGAAAACCGUUCAGCUGUGUGAGUCUGGAUGUCCAGCAGUGGCUGUGGUGUGUCCUCCUGGGACUCGGCAGUCUAAUUUGGGGACAGCUCGUGUCCAGUGUCCCCACCUGCUGGCUGAAGUUCCUGAAAAUGCAAGGUCGCCCCACGCAGCUGGAGGAGAACCCUGACCAGGAGGUGAAGGACCUGGACAAGACCAACCACGCUGAGAUGGAGCUGAAGAGGGGCCAGGUUCUCUGGUGCCGCGGCUUCAAACGCGUCUCAACGCAGAUCCGUGCUGUGAACGCCUUCAGAAACAGCCUUGGGUCAACCUACCCAAGUCUGGAGACACCCAAGUCCCUCAGCUCCAUCCACAACUUCAUGAGCCACCCUGAGUUUUGCAUCAAAGACUCCGUGCCUGAAAUCCCUCUGACUGAUGAGGUCGAGUUCGAGGACGAUGAUCCAGUCAAGCGAAACUCCCUCAUGGCAUCAUUCAUCACACUGCCUGGUGUGGUCCCGCUCAACUCAUCUGCUGAAGUUUGA